AUGCUGCCUGUCCUGCUGAUCCUCUCAGGCCUGGGCCGGCUGACCUCCGCCGGCCAUCCUGGACAUGAUGUAGCAGGUGAAAGGAACUGCUAUAAAUAUGCCUUCAGUAAUGUAGUGGUCAGCUGUGGGGCAGAAUGGCCCAAGUGGGCUGGAGUUGGGUAUUUCUCUUCCCCAGGUCAGUUAGGCUUUGAUAAUACCCCACUCUACUGGACCUCUGCUAUUGCAUCCUGUGGUGCCCAAUUAUUCAUGAAUGUAUCUUCAUACACUCCUCUUUAGGGCCAUUGCCUUUAUCAAGGAUAUGCUGCAGAGGUUCCAAAAUCAGUUGUGACACUUAGCACUUGUUCUGGACUCAGGGGAUUAUUGCAGUUGGAGAACGUCAGUUAUGGCAUUGAACCAUUGGAAUCUGCAGCUGCAUAUGAGCAUAUGCUUUAUCAAAUAAAGAAUAAUAAAAUUGAGUUUUUGCCCUUACAAGAAAAUUAUCCCACGACCCAAGUGGUAGAUCAGUCCUACCGGAUACUUGUGAAAUCAGAAAAAAAAUCAGAUGUUGAGCUAUUGAAAAGAAUUCUGAAAAUUCAAAUCAUUAUGGAUAAAGCCUUGUUUGAUUUAAUGGGCUCUGAAGUAGCAGCUGCAACUGAGAAAGUUGUCCAUAUCGUUGGUGUAAUCAACACUAUAUUUUCCCAGCUUAAAGUGACAGUUAUGCUAACUUCUUUGGAGCUCUGGUCUGAUCAAAAUAAGAUUUCGCUUAGUGGGGAUGCUAAUGAAGUACUACAAAGAUUUGUGUCAUGGAAAGAACAAUUUUUGUUUCAGAGGUCCCAUGAUAUGGCAUACUUAUUAAUUUAUAGGAACCAUCUUAAUUAUGUGGGAGCAACAUAUCAUGGAAUGGCAUGUAAUCCAAAGUUUGCUGCUGGAAUUGCUCUGUAUCCGCAGAUGAUAACUUUAGAUGCAUUUUCAGUUGUUAUGGCACAGUUGCUUGGAAUUAAUCUGGGAUUAACAUACGAUGAGAUCUACAAUUGUUACUGCCCAGGAACUACAUGCAUAAUGAAUCCUGAAGCAAUACAUUCCCAUGGUGUAAAGUAUUUUAGCAGUUGCAGCAUGGAUGAAUUUAAGCACAAGGUUUCACAGCCUGAAUUUGAAUGUCUUCAGAAUAAAACAGUUUCAGAAGUGGUUCGCCAAGGAAGAACUGCAAUUUGUGGUAAUAAAAUUGUGGAACCACCAGAACAGUGUGAUUGUGGUCUUCCAGAGGAAUGCGCUCACAAAAAAUGCUGUAAUCCUGUAAGUUGUACUCUUAUUGGAAAUGCAGAGUGUGGCAGUGGACCAUGCUGUGAUAGAAGAACUUGUCUGAUAGCUGAAAGAGGACGUUUAUGUAGGAAAAUGACAGAUCCAUGUGAUUUUCCAGAAUUUUGCAAUGGAACAUCUGAGGCUUGUGUACCUGAUGUGAAAUCUGCUGAUUUAGAACCAUGUAAUAAUAAUACUGCCUAUUGCUAUGAGGGAAUAUGCCGAGAUCCAGAUGUACAGUGUGAAGCAUUAUUUGGAAAAUUUGCUAAAGUUUCUACUUAUCUAUGUGCACAAGAAGUGAAUUUUCACGCAGAUCAAUUUGGAAACUGUGCCAAACAUGGUUGCAAUUUUCGGCAUAUCCUUUGUGGAAAGAUAGUUUGUCACUGGACACAUUCACAGAUAGUACCAGUAAAAACUUUUAAUGUUCAAUAUACUUACCUUGGAGGCCAUAUAUGUUUGUCAGCAUAUUUGAGAAAUGAAACACAAUCUUCAGAGUAUGAUUUUACUCAAGUGCAUAAUGGCACGAUAUGUGGUCAAAAUAAGUAUUGUUAUAAAGGAUUCUGUAGAGAAAGAAGUGAGAACCCAGUAAAAACAAAUUGUGACUCAGUAAAAAAUUGCAGUGGACAUGGGGUUUGCAAUAAUAGGUUUAAUUGUCACUGUGAUGUUGGAUAUUCUCCUCCAAAUUGUUAUCUAAAACCAUCAUCACCAGGAGGAAGUUAUAAUGAUGGGUAUUGGUUUCCAGAGGAGAAAGGUCAAAACAUACCUGCAAAACGACAUGCUGCUCCUGAAAAAAAUGGCCUCUUAAUCAGUUUCUACAUUUUUCUACCUUUCCUUAUUUUAAUUGCCAUUAUUGCUCUUAAAUGGAAUAAAAUAAGAUUUUGGAACAGAGUGGAAACAGUAAGUGGAGAAUCUAUAUCAGAAGACAACAAUAGUAAUAGCAACCAGUCAUCAAGUUAA